CGCAGGUGGAGGUGUCGAGCGCCGAGCUCUGAGAACCGAGUUGGGUGACGGGACCGCUGGUGGCGGCGCAGCCUCGGUAGGCGAGAUGAGUUUGGCUGGGGGCCGCGCCCCCCGGAAGACCGCUGGGAACCGGCUUUCUGGUCUCUUGGAAGCAGAGGAGGAAGAUGAGUUCUACCAGACGACUUACGGGGGUUUCACCGAGGAAUCUGGAGAUGAUGAGUAUCAAGGAGACCAGUCAGACACAGAAGAUGAGGUAGACUCUGACUUUGACAUCGAUGAAGGGGAUGAGCCAUCCAGUGAUGGAGAAGCAGAAGAACCAAGAAGAAAGCGCCGAAUAGUCACCAAAGCCUAUAAGGAGCCUCUAAAAAGCUUGAGGCCUCGAAAGGUCAGCACUCCAGCUGGUGGCUCUCAGAAGGCCAGAGAAGAGAAGGCACUGCUGCCACUGGAACUACAGGAUGAUGGUUCUGACAGUCGAAAGUCCAUGCGGCAGUCUACAGCAGAGCAUACACGACAAACGUUCCUUCGAGUACAGGAGAGGCAGGGCCAGUCCCGGCGGCGAAAGGGACCCCACUUUGAGCGACCACUGACCCAGGAAGAGCUGCUUAGGGAGGCCAAGAUCACAGAAGAACUCAACUUACGUUCACUGGAGACAUACGAGCGGCUAGAGGCUGACAAAAAGAAACAGGUUCACAAGAAGCGGAAGUGCCCUGGGCCAAUAAUCACCUAUCAUUCAGUGACAGUACCACUUGUUGGGGAGUUGGGCCCUAAGGAAGAGAAUGUAGAUGUAGAGGGACUUGAUCCAGCUCCCACUGCUUCUGCCUUGACUCCCCAUCCUGGGACUGGACCUGUCAUCCCUCCCGCUCGCUGCUCACGUACCUUCAUCACAUUCAGUGAUGAUGCGACAUUUGAGGAAUGGUUCCCCCAAGGGCGACCACCAAAAGUCCCUGUUCGGGAGGUCUGCCCAGUAACCCAUCGUCCAGCUCUAUACCGGGACCCUGUUACAGAUAUACCCUACGCCACUGCUCGAGCCUUCAAAAUCAUACGUGAGGCUUACAAGAAGUACAUCACUGCCCAUGGACUGCCGCCUACUGCCUCAGCCCUGGGCCCUGGCCCUCCUCCUCCUGAACCCGUCCCUGGCUCUGGGCCCCGAGCUUUGCGCCAGAAAAUCGUCAUAAAAUGAAGAGAUGUCUAGUCCUUAGAAAUCUCUUUCCUGCCCUGACCUGGGGCUCUUGAUUUUUCCUUUCCUUGCUUCUGAUCUUUGUUCAGUCCUCUUCUGUAUUUCUCUCCCCAUCUUUUCCCCCUUGUUUCUUCUGAUUUUGUUGUGCUUUUUAAUCUAAUAAAAUGAAAAGAUCC